AUGAAGCAAAGGGUCGGAAGUGGUGAACACGCAGCAUUGGGCGACAGUUCACUAGCAGAAGCUAUGAGCCAAGUACAUCGACAAGUCAGCAUGUCUCAGCAACGAGCCCUUCAGAAUGCACAAGCAACUAUCUCCAACGCAACACCACAUGAUGUUCAAGUACGAUUGCCACAACAUCACCAAGUUGCUCCAAUUGCCCCUGCACUAUCAAUACCCGCACAUGCUUUCAUUUCGUCCCAAGCACAACAGCUUGUACACCUUCAACGCCUGCCCAAUAUGCAACAACAUGCUUUCAAUAUGUAUCGACCACCGCUUGCACAAGAGACUACAUUCAAAGACAAAAAGUUGAGAAGUGGGAAGUGGACACCAGAGGAAGAGGCUUACGCAGAUAUUCUUAUUGAAUUAUUUGUUAAGGGUCAAGUAGAUUUAGAGAAUGGAAGCACCCUUCGUUCGUUUCUCGCAAAGAAACUGCACUGUGCUCCGAUGAGAGUAACAAAGAAAUAUGCUGGGAAAAGCAAGGGAAAGGCAUCGUACUUGGGGAAGAAGAAUAGCGUUGCAAUAGACCCUGUAGGAUAUCAAAGAAAUUUGACAAGACUACAGACGGCGAAGAAGAAUUUUCUGAAAGCAGUAUAUCCCGAAAUGAGUGUGACUCACAAAGCAAUACCGCUUGGAAUCGUCCCCCUUCUUCCCAACCCAAACUCGAACACGCCUUCAUGGCCUCAGUACUCGUUUCCUACAUCGAAUUUGACUGUGUCACCAAACGCAGCAUCAUAUGCUGUGGUAUCGCGGAAUCCAGCGGUUGAAAUGUCAUCCAGGCCUAGACCUUCCAUUUCAAUGAUCGGGGGAGCAAAUCGCUCUCAGCUCCAUAGCCACCCUCCUCAACCUAGUGCGUCGAAUUCCAACAUCAAAAGUCAAACACUGCACGAAUCCUUCUUGAAGGCUGUUCAAAAGAACUCAGUGACACAAGCCCAGGCUACCAGUGCACCAACAGUAAAACCGCACCCAGUGAAGCUCCUCCAUAAUGCGUAUGUGACUGCAACAGAGGCGACGGGCAUGCCACCUCCUUCAUCAUUCAUCCCUGCCGCAACGAUAAGUGCACCACCCCCAAGUCAUUCGGCCGCCAUCAGACCAAAAAUAUCUAAGAUUUCGAUCUCUGGAAAUGUGCCUCAAGCAAGUGAAAUGCCAGACUUCUUGAAAGGAUUCGACGAGGUCACUGGAAUGGAAAAAUCACCAACACCUGGCGCAAGUACUUCUGAUCACCACACGCCUACCUUCACCAGUAAAUCCUUUGACGACUUCCAUCGCUUUCUAGGCGUAGACAUCUCGCCAUUAAAUUCACAGCAGACUGCAAAUGGCAAGCCGGCAAACCAGAGUGUCCCAUUCUUGCCAGGAAAAGAUAUGUCGAAAUCAGACUCGAUGGUGCAGCAUCGCGGCAUACCUGGAAUAGGAAUGGGUCGUAUCCAACAACAAGGUUCUGGAAAUGACACUAGACCACACCGAGCAAAUCUCGGAAAAAAUGACAAUCCAGAUUUACUUGCGCAAGCAUUCACAGAAGCAAUGUCGCAUGCAUCAUCGAAGAACCAGCCAGUCCAACACCUUGGAGCUGAUUAUUACACGUUGUUCGCCCAGCAAACUGCUCUCGCUGCUAGUCAGCACUCGGCGUAUAUGGGGGGUCCUAAAGCCGAAUCAACUCAUACGCAUGUCCCCAGGGGUCCUACCACAGUGUCAAGGAGAAAGUCCGCUCUAGUCAGUGAACCCCCGACGACGUCUGGUUCUGACCGCGGCACAGAAGAGAGUGAUGACUUGACAGCUGAAACUACCUGGGGAUCUUCAGAUACCGCAUCGAGCUCAAAUGACUCGGACGGCACUAAUUCUGAAUCUUCGAGAAAGCGAAAGAAGGCGCGGAUGUCACGUUUGUCCCCUCGCAAGAGGAUGCAUGGAGUGCAAGAGAAGCAAACGGCACCAUCAAACAACUGUCAAAUAUCAAACGAUGUGGCGAAUACACUUCAUAGAUGCUAG